AUGUUUGGGAGAGACCCGAUUUUUUGCGUUGACCAAAUAUUAGAUCCAAGAGUCCGCGACCCAAUAGCCUUUAAUGACACUGCAGAAUUCAAGCAAUUGCUUGUUACGUCACUCAGGGUAGCCUGGGAAUCAGCAGCAGAAGCCCAUAAGGAAGCUCAAAUAAAAAUGAAAGAGCAAUAUGAUAAACAUACAAGGGUUUCGACAAUUGAAAUAGGGGAUAGGGUGUUAAUCCGCAACUACGCAGGAAAGCCCGGAACUUCGAAGAAGUUCCACCUCCCUUGGAAAGGCAUAUAUCGAGUAAUAAAUAUAGAGGGGAUAUACGUCACAAUAACUAGUUGUAAUUCGCCACAGGCUAACCCAAGGAAGGUACACAUAAAUCAGAUUAAAAAAUGUUUUGAAUAUCUGGGUCCAGUUUGUACAAUUCCAGGGUUAUCACAAGAGGAAAAAAGUUCUUUAAAAAGUGCAGAAGCUAUAGAAAGUGAACAUACCCCGGGAUUUGAUCACAACAUAAACACUGAUUCCAUCCAAAAUACUAAUCAUGCUGAUAAUAAGAGUCGAAACAAUACCGAGUGUCAAGAAAACCCAAACACUCACAGAUACAAUCUAAGGCCUAGAAAUCCAUAA